AUGGGUUUAUCAAAUGAUAGGAUCAGAUUCAACGUUGGUGGCAGACUCUUCGAAACGACGGCGACAACACUCGCAAACGCAGGUCGCGAUUCCUUCUUCGGUACAUUAUUCGACGAAAGUUGGAACCUUUCACAACCACCGCCAGUUCCCGGUCAAGCAAAAGACGAUCUUAUCUUCAUCGAUCGGAACCCAGAUUGCUUCGCCGUUCUUCUCGAUCUCCUCCGAACAGGAGACCUCAACAUUCCGGCAAAUAUCCCAGAUCGUCUCCUUCACAAAGAAGCAAUGUUCUACGGCUUAAUCGACCACAUACGAACCGCAAAAUGGGGGCCAUUCGACGGAAACCGACUCCAUCUCUCUCGUUCCGUCACCGGAAUAGCUCCGGGAGACGGAACGGCAAUAAGAGCUGGUCCAGACGGUGGUUGCUGCGUCGCUCACGGAAGUGUAGUCCAUGUGUUUGAUUGGAUGCUUGAAGAGCAUCCUACGAUUAAUCUCGAUUACCAGAGAGUGAACGAUAUCGGUUGGAUCGAUUCGAGUAACAUUUUAUUAUCUGCUUGUGAGAGAUUAGGAAGAGGAGAUGGAGGUAUGGGAUUGUUUAGUUCUUCUUCUGCAGAGCUUAGGUAUAAGUUUCAGGUGAGUCAUGAUAAUCAGGUAAAGAGUUAUAGUGCAGGAGCUUUGAGUUUUAGUCCUGAUGCUAAGAUCUUUACUAGUUGUAAAGGAAGAAGUAAUGAGUAUGGAAUUGGAGUUUGGGAUCAAAUCACUGGAAAGCAAACGGAUUUUUUCUACGAGAGUCCGGGUUGGUCUUUAGGAGAUGCUGAUAAGUUGCAAUGGUUGAAUGGUAAGAACUGUCUUCUUGUAGCAACUUUGUUUCCAAGGAAAGAUAAUUGUUACAUUAGCUUGUUGGAUUUUCGGGAUAAGAGUAUGGUUUGGUCUUGGUCGGAUAUCGGGUCUCCUGCGACAGUGGAUGAGAAGAGAGUGAGAGACGCGAUCGCGAUGGAAGAGAGCAAUUCGAUAUGUGUGGUGAAUGAGUUUGAGGAUUUAGGGUUUAUUGAUCUGAGGAUGCAUGGAGGAGGGAGUAGUGUGAGGUGGAGUUCACGGAGUAGGUUGAUGAAGAGUAAGAUGCCUGAUGAGCCGUGUUACCCUAAACUCGCUUUGCAUGAAGGCCAGCUCUUUUCGUCAAUGAAUGACUCGAUCUCUGUGUUCUGUGGAUCAGACUGGGUUUUGACUUCAAGGUUAAAAAGAAGCUAUGGUGGGUCAAUCUGUGAUUUCUCUAUUGGUGGGGAUCGGUUGUUUGCGUUGCACAGUGAGGAGAAUGUGUUUGAUGUUUGGGAGACUCUGCCUCCUCCGAUCAUCGGAUGA